GGAAUCCGUCCAUUGACUGCGCCAGAUGCGCAAAUGGCGAUGCGCUGCUCUGCAGGGUAUUUGCCGAGUAGAAACACUGGCCACGUCUUUGGCCAGCAGAGAGCAGAGAUAUUACAGAUGCAUCGUUGGUAUAGCUCAUUGUCCGAGGCGGAUCAGGGGACAUUUAUAGAGAAUCGAACCUUCUCUUCGCCAGAAGCACUAGACACGUUCCCGAUCAACGGCAGUUUCUUCCCCAGAACCGACUUCCAAUGCGCGAAAAAUCCUGAAUUCGAGUACAGCAGCCAGCGGUUAGGUCCAAACUUCGUCUCUCUCUUGCACAACGAGAUGUCGAUCGAUGCGAACAGUGAGAAUUUCACGACCAACAUGGGGAGCGACAUCUGGAUAUCUGAACCUCAAUUCUUAAGGCUCAAGUAGUAAUUCACAUGUUAUCACCAAAGGAACAAAGCUUGUUGUUUUCUCAAUUUCCAAGGAGGAUCUUGAGAAAAUGAACGCAGGAGCUGGAUCCUUGUGAGCUCUAAAAUAGCGUUUUCUCAACCUCGACGAAAGGUUCCAGAAUUUCAGCUACAACUACAUGCAGCAGAGCACAGUGGCAGAAUUACGCAAUGUCACAGUGCGGUACAACGUUUCCUCGACGAGCGGCGUUGUCGAGCAAGUCGAGCAAUUAGAAGAGCGCAUGGUCGACGUUCCACUGGAGAUGGAAGUGACUUCUACGAGGUUACUCGAAGACAACUUCUUGAGCGAGGUGUCUCCGAACACCAACGGGCUAUUGUUAACUUGCUGCGACACUAUUCCGGAUUACUGUCCGCCGAUUGGGCAGAUUGAGGAUGCCAGUCCUACACCGAAUCGUAUUCUGCUGACAAGUUCGGUGUAUCCCGAAUACAGCUACACACCAGCGAAGCGGGUUCUGGUCCGGAAUCCAGGCAAAAAAGUCGAAAAGUACGUCGAACAGAGCAUCAUUCCGGAGUUGAACUUUGACCCGGUGACCGGAGAACCUCACGGAACAGCGUCGAACGGAGCCGCGGUCCAGUCUGGGACCACUUUGUCCUCCACACUUUUCGACUCAAACUCCACACUUUUGCAUGUCCAGGACGGUUCGCAGGAUCGAUUUGAGCUAGCGCAGUUGGGGAGUUGUGCUAUGAGCCUGAAGAGCUCUCCUAACGGUGCCUACGCGAGAUCGGUUGGCUCACGGGUCGGCGUUACUUGUCCACCUGGUGCCACAAUCCGGAACGACGAGUAUCUGUGUACCGCUUCAGCGGUCGGG